CAGUGGACCUGAUUAGCUACAUGACAAAGUUUCAGUGGGACAAAGCCAAGUACCCCACAGCUCUGCCUCUCUCCAGCCUUGCAGACAUCAUCACCAUGGAAGUUUCCCAGAUGGAGACGGAAUUAAAAUCCCGAGCUGCAGCGUACAGCAGCGUGAAAACGAGCCUUCAAAGCAUGGGGUACAAACUACAUUUGCAAACUUGCAGUCUGAAUGACAUAGUGACGAAGGAAGACCUUGUGACCUCGGAGCACCUCACUACUCUUCUGGUAGUGGUGACCAGAGGGAGCUACUUGCAGUGGGAGAGGACAUAUGAAUCUUUUUCACAAUUCGUGGUUCCAAGGUCUAGCAGGAAGCUGCACGAGGAUGAAGAGGGAGGCGUUUUCUCCGUUACACUCUUCAAAAGAGCUGUGUGUGAAUUCAAAGCCAAAGCCCAGGAGAGCAAGUUCACCGUCCGCGAGUACAGCUUUGAUCUGGAGGCGAAGCAGCAGCAGGAGGGGCAGCAGCGUAGUGUUCACAAAAAGGAACAAUACCAAAAGCGCCCACUUUGGCUCAAGAGGUAA